UCCCAUUCAUGUGUUUAUUUCUUCCAGACGGACUUGAUAUUUCUUAGGGACCCGCUGGACCUUGACUAACCUAACCUAUAAGUGGAAUAGUAACGUCUCAAAGCAUGUGCCAUCUAUAUUGGGAUAGUUCCUAGAAAAGUUAUCGUGCAUGGAGAAGCGUGUGUAUGUCAUUAGUGACUACCUACCUACCUACCUACCUAGACAGUUAGGUCAAGGAUCAUUUCUCCAAAAAUUUCAUAUCGUGGGGUGGGGAUAUUGGCAUAUUUCAAAAUGUUGAUAAAAGGGAUACUGAAUGUCCUCUGUUUUUUGAAGAUCAGACAGUUAGUUACUCAAGUCUCAAUUGACUGAUAUUUCCCCUUUCCUUCCCUUCUCCUUCCCUUCUCCUUCUCUAAUCAAUCUUUCUCCCUACCUACUUCUACAUUUCCCAUCUCAAUCCCUCCCACAAACAAUAUCCUCCCUCAAACCCACCUCAACAUCACCAUGUUCGGGAAAAAAACAGAAGACGUAUUGGAAGAACGUCGUUCCUCCAGCGAAGACGUAAUGGCCAACGCAGGUGUAGGAAACACCGGAUUAAGCGGUGCCGCAGCCCUAACAGUCAGACAAUCCAUCUACCCCAUCACCCUAGUCACCAUGCUAUUCUUCCUCUGGGGUUUCGCAUACGGUCUUUUAGAUGUCCUCAAUGCCAAAUUUCAAACCGCUCUCAAUAUUACUGCUGCCGAGGCAGGAGGUCUCCAAGGAGCAUACUUCGGAGCUUAUUUUAUAGGUCCCCUGACAUAUUCCGGAUGGCUCGUCCGAAGAUUCGGUUACAGAUGGACGUUUAUUGUUGGUCUUUGCAUUUACGGUGUAGGAGCAUUGAUGUUCUGGCCCUCGGCCGUCUAUAGAUCAUUCCCCGGUUUCUGCGGAAGUUUAUUUAUUGUCGGCUCGGGACUUAGCACACUUGAAACAUCCGCAAAUCCAUUCAUCGCCACCUGUGGACCUCCGCGUCUUUCAGAAUUCCGUCUUGAACUCUCGCAGGCUUUCCAAGCGGUUGGUUCCGUCGUCGCUCCACUUCUCGCUUCUAGAGUCUUUUUCAAAGAGGGCGAUGGACAGGAUUUAUCUAAAGUCCAAUGGACAUACCUCGGAAUCGCCGCAUUUGUCUUUCUCCUCGCCGUCGUUUUCUUCUUUAGCAAACUCCCUGAAGUAACAGAUGCCGAUAUGGCGCUACAGAGCGAACAAUCCGCCGGUCUUACGGGAUACGAAGAAAAACCCAUGCGGAGACAAUAUAAACUUAUUUUUGGUGUUGCGGCUCAAUUCUGUUAUGUGGGUGCGCAAGUUGGUGUCGCGGCCAAUUUUAUCAGAUAUGCUGAGGAAAGCGCGGGACUUAGUCAAGCAGCUGCUACGGAUAGAUUUGCGAUUGCGCAGGGUCUUUUUGCAAUUGGCAGAUUUGCCGCUGCGGGUUUGAUGAUGAUUACUAAACCACGUUAUGUACUCAUGAUAUUCAUGACUGCUAUUAUGCUAUUUAUAUCUAUUUCUAUUGGAGUAAAAGGAGAAGCUGGUGUAGCUAUGUUAUCUCUUGUCCUGUAAGUUUUUUUAUCUCCUCUCAUCUUUCCUUUCUUCUCGUAAUUAAUAUCCCAAAACUAAUAAAAUCUAACCAGUUUAUUCGAAUCCUGCAUCUUCCCAACCAUUUUCGCCCUCUCAAUCCGCGGCCUCGGCCGCCACACUAAACGUGGAUCAUCCUGGAUCGUAGCCGCCGUCUCUGGUGGUGCUCUAUUCCCUUCUCUCACGGGUCUUCUCGCAGAUAAAAAAGGUUAUCAUAUUUCCAUGACCGUUCCACUUAUUGGAUUUUUCGUCGCGUUCGCAUUCCCUAUUUAUUUGAAUACCGUUUGUGCGAAGGAAUUGGAUGGUUUCAAUGAGACGAAGAUUGGAUAUGAGGGAGCGGAUUUGGCGGUUGAGAAGAGAGAAGGUAGUGUAGUUUGGGAGGAAAAAGGUACGACUAGUUCUAAUGCGCAUCAUUUAGAGUUGGAGAAGAGUGAGUCGAGAAGGAGAUGAUCUGGAUUGUUAUUUCUAGCGUGUUAUUUGGAAAUGGGAAUAAAAGUAGAAAUGGGAAAUGAAAUAUGAGAUAUGCGAAUUGGGUAUAUAAUCUUAAAUGUGUCAGGAUUGUUUUUAGAUGACAUCUGGGAUAUAAGAAAGAUAGAUUGGUUUUUUAGGUAUUUGUAGUAAUCUUGCUACUUAUUAAACGAGUUUAUAUAUUAUCUUAGACUAUCUAUCUAGAUAGAGAUAUAU